CCCGACACCGACCAGUCCGCACGACUUUCCUCAACCUCUCUCACACGCACACAACCAAACGACACGCCAAUUUACAACAGAGAUACCGUUCCGACCGUCGAAAUGACUCAACUCAACGGCCAGAACCGCGCGCCGAGCACCUACAGCAAUGGUCACGGCAAGUUCUUCCAGGAUGGAGGUAUUUGGAAGGAGGCGCCCUUGCUCAAGGGUACCACCAAGUUUGAGCCUCUUCCCGAUGUCAAGAACAUCAUGAUUACUGGCGGCGCAGGCUUCAUCGCAUGCUGGCUCGUCCGUCAUCUCACUCUCACUUACCCCGACGCAUACAACAUCAUCUCAUUCGACAAGCUGGAUUACUGCUCAUCACUGAACAACACUCGGGUUCUGAAUGAGAAGUCAAACUUCACCUUUGUCCACGGCGACAUCACCAACCCCACAGAAGUCCUUCACUGCCUGAAGCGGUACAACAUUGAUACCGUCUUCCACUUUGCCGCCCAAUCACACGUCGAUUUGAGUUUCGGUAACUCAUAUGGAUUCACUCACACCAACGUGUACGGCACCCACGUUCUGCUUGAGAGCGCCAAGAGCGUCAACAUCAAGCGCUUCAUUCACAUCUCUACUGAUGAGGUCUAUGGCGAGGUGAACGAUGACGAUGACGACCUCCUCGAGACCAGCAUCCUCGCACCCACGAACCCUUAUGCUGCCUCCAAGGCUGCCGCCGAGAUGCUUGUCCAGUCCUACCAGAAGAGCUUCAAGCUCCCCGUUAUCAUCGUGCGCAGUAACAACGUUUACGGACCGCACCAGUUCCCCGAGAAAAUUAUUCCCAAGUUCAGUUGUUUGCUGAACAGAGGCCAGCCCGUCGUCCUCCACGGCGACGGAAGCCCCACCCGUCGCUACCUGUUUGCUGGCGACGCGGCCGAUGCAUUUGACACCAUCCUCCACAAGGGCCAGAUGGGUCAAAUCUACAACGUCGGAUCCUACGACGAGAUCUCCAACAUUGACCUCUGCAGCCAUCUCCUCAAGGAGAUGAAGAUCCCCUUCUCUACGACGGACGAGUUCAAGAAGUGGGUUAAGUACACACACGACCGUCCCUUCAACGACCACCGCUACGCCGUCGACGGCACCAAGCUGCGCCAGCUCGGCUGGGACCAGAAGACGAGCUUCGCCGACGGCCUGCGUAUCACUGUCAACUGGUACCGCCAAUUCGGCGAGGAGUGGUGGGGUGACAUCACCUCCGUUCUCACGCCUUUCCCUGUCGUCCAGGGACUGGAUGUCUCUGCGGACCAGGAGCCCGUGGCCGACUCACCGCCUACUCCCGAGUCGAAGAAGAGAAAGGUGAUUGAUGGUGUCAACGGCACCAACGGCCACUCUGUUAGAGCAUAG